GCCCGUGAAUAAAACUCUCCACAACCUUUACACACAACAAUCUCAGUCUGUUGUGUCACGUUUCAAAUUGCGACCCCAACAGAUUCGGUACCUUUCGUCGCACGUAAUGAUGCAAAACGACUGCGCUGCCGAGUCACUUGACAGGUAACAGUAUGUGGUAACAAUGAUGGAGGAUGGGGAGGGAGAGAAGCCGACAGGUGACUCGGAGCCUGUGCCUCAAACACAGCAGCUGUGUCGCUUCUACUCUCAAGGAAGACGCUGCAGUUUCGGGAAGAAAUGCCGAUUCCUACAUGUAAGAGAUAAUGCCAGAACUCAUGAGAAGAAAACCGUCACGACUCCUAGCCAAUCAGAUGUCACAUCUCCAAACUCGGAGGUCCCUGGAGGAAGUGAGGGGCACAGGCCUCCUCCCACUAGUAACUCCACAGUUGCCCCAGCAGCUAGCCGUCGCCCCUGUCGCUACUUUAUCUCAGGCCACUGCACCAUGGAAGACAGAUGUCGCUUCUGGCAUCCACCGCAGUUCACCCCAGUGGAGGACCACCCUAUUCCUUGCACAAGGCCUGUGCAGAGGAACCCACCAGUACCCCGUCCCAGCAUCCUCCAGGAGGUUAAGUUGCAUGACCUGACAGAGGAAGUUGUCAACCAACUACGAGACACAGAGAUCAAGCAGUUGAAGAAGCGUUUUCCCAAAGACCAGCUGAUUAUUCAGGAACGAGGUGAUGGCAAAGUUACUUAUUACAGGACCACUGUAGAGCCCACUGAUCCAGACUGGCCUUUUGAUCUAAAAGAAAUCGACAUCAUGGUGAGCUUCCCUGACAAUUACCCACAGGAGAUUUUUACAUUGGAUAUACCGUUGGAUCAGAAUCUGCCACCAGUAAUGUCGAGACAUGUACAGCAAGCAUCACUGGAGUGGCUUCAAGCCAAGCAUGCAACCAAUCUGCUUCUGGGAAAGGUAGAGUUGCUCUUCCGGCCUUUUCUCCGCUGGCUAGAUCGCAGUUUGGAGAGACUGUUCACUGAAGGAGCCAGGCAGUUGAAAAAAGACAUUGAUUUGGAAAAAGCUGGGCUGCAGUUCAUAUCGUACCAGGAGCUCCAGGCAACGGUGUGUGAAAAAUCUGCCUCUGACACCACUGCCGCAGAUGCAGAUGAGGAUGUCGGUGAUGAAGGAAAACUGGAAAAGACGGAGGGCGAGAGGACAAUGGAGGGAGGGAAGCACCAGGAGGUUCCCGGUUGUGAUGAAGAGCAGCAGCAGGAGGAGAAUGAUGAGGAAGCCAGUCAUCUGGUGGAGAACAUUAAGAUCAGUGAUCCCCGCAGAGGCACAGAGGUGAAGCUGUUGGGACUGAGGCUGGGAGAGAACACAGCCACCGUAGUGGCACAACAAAUCACAGUUUGUCUUCAAUGUAACAGGUGUAAGGUAACUGCAGACCUCACACUGACUGGAAGGACAACCUGCUCAGCUCAGUGUGAAAAGUGCAGUGCAAGCAUCAAUGCCGCAUUCAGGCCCUGCAUGCUGCACCAUUACAGUGAUGUCCUGGGAUACUUGGACCUUCACAAUGCUGCCCCUGCUGACCUUGUGCUUCAGGAAUGUGAACUCAUCGUGGGUUGCCUCAGCUGCUCCCAGGACGGUCCUGUGCAGAACCUUUCCUAUGGUCAAACAAAGGAGUUUAAUUGUGAACACUGCCACAGCAAACUCAGUAUUCUGGCUGAGAGCACAAGAUUCCAGUAUAUUCAGCCACGCACCAACAAAACAGGUCCAAGUGCUUGUGAGGGUAAUUAUAAGACAAUAAGAGAUCCUGCUGUGCAAAAGGGGAAGCCACUGCCAGAUAAAGGAACAUGCAAACAUUACAAACAGAGCCAUCGCUGGCUAAGGUUCCCCUGCUGUGGCCGUGCUUACCCCUGUGAUGUGUGCCAUGACGAGGACCAAGACCACCCCAUGGAACUGGCCACCAGGAUGAUAUGUGGCUACUGUGCCAAAGAACAGCCGUACAGCAGUGGAAAGGCUUGCAUCACUUGUGGAAGCAUGAUGACAAGAGGUGCACGCACCAGCCACUGGGAGGGAGGACUGGGAUGCAGAAACAAAGUCAAAAUGAACAGAAAUGAUCGACAAAAAUAUGCCAACACCAACAAAACUAUUUCAAGGAAGGCAGCCAGUGAAAAGAAGUAGUUGGUGAAGAAGAGCAUCAUUGCCUUAAUUAAAUUAAUUAAAAGACAUACAUUCAAUGAAAUUGUCUAUUUUCUGCAAUAAAUCAUGUUAUGAUCACUCUGUUAA